UAUAUAGGAGUCAUGAAGGCCACUUCCAGUACGCAUAUUAUUAGUGAAUACUCCUAAAACGGUUUACAUGGCAUCGUGGUCCACUGGCUUUUGUGACUGCUUUUCUGACUUGAGCUCUUGUUGCCUCACUUUAUGGUGUCCAUGUGUUGCAUUCGGAAGGGUAGCUGAAAUUGUAGACAAAGGAACAACUUCUUGCUGUGUGCAUGGAUUGCUUUACUGUCUACUUGGUAGUGUUGGUCUCGGGUCACUCUAUGGGUGCAUUUAUCGUACCAAAUUAAGGAACGUUUUUGGCAUUGACGGAAGUCAAACUUCCGAUUGCCUUGCUAGUUGUUGCUGCUUCCCAAUUUCCCUUUGUCAAGAGCAUCGCGAGCUUGAAGCUCGUGGUUUCGACAUGUCUGCAGGUUGGAAUGGUAACGUGCAAAUGGGUUCCCGCGGUGUCACGGCGGCUCCUGCAGUGCAAGGUGGCAUGAGUCGUUAGUAUUCUUGGUUUGUUGUGGUGACCAAUAUGAAAAACCACAUGUUUAUGUACGUAAGAGAGUGAUUUUCCUUAAUUUGUAAUAAUGGAUGUUUAACUUUUUAUGCCUCGACUUGUUUUUUUUCCUUUGUGAGUGAAAAUGAAAUAA